CGCCGCCUCCAUCCUCAUUCCCCAAACCCUAACCCUAGAUCCACCUCUCUCUCUCUCUCCCUCCCCCCUCCCCAAGCCCUCAACAAUGAAGACCAUUUUGUCUUCUCAGACGAUGGACAUCCCCGAGGGAGUCAAGGUUAGGGUCAACGCCAAGAUCAUCGAGGUCGAGGGACCCCGCGGUAAGCUCACCCGCAACUUCAAGCACCUUAACCUGGACUUCCAGCUAGCCGAGGGGGGGCGAAAGCUCAAGGUCGACGCUUGGUUCGGAUCGAGGAAGACGAUGGCCGCGAUCAGGACGGCGAUCAGUCACGUGCAGAAUCUCAUCACCGGGGUCACCAAGGGCUUUCGAUACAAGAUGAGGUUCGUCUACGCUCACUUUCCGAUCAACGCCAGCAUCGGCAACUCCAACAGAAACAUCGAGAUCAGGAACUUUUUGGGCGAGAAGAAGGUAAGGAAGGUAGAUAUGCUUCAAGGUGUGACAAUUACUCGCUCUGAGAAGGUCAAGGAUGAGCUUGUUCUUGAUGGAAAUGACAUCGAGCUUGUUUCCCGUUCUGCUGCCCUCAUUAAUCAGAAAUGCCAUGUGAAGAACAAGGAUAUCCGAAAGUUUCUUGAUGGUAUUUAUGUCAGCGAGAAGGGAACCAUGGCUGAGGAGUAGUGUGUUGUAUCAGAGGCUGAGUCUUGAUGCUUUCUCUAGUCGAUCUAGUGUUUUUUUUGGUUUACAAGUUAUUUGUGGUUGUUAUUCUAGUUUUCAGACGUGGGAGUAAAAAGAUUUUGAGAUAUGGUGAUGCUGAAUAUUUCAAUCUAUCCUUUUCUUUUGCUACUCAACUGUUCUUUGUUCAAUGAAACUCUGUGGUAGGGAUGAUGGUGUUUUGAGAAUGUAUCUGUUACUUAA